AUGAUGGAAAAAUCAAAACUUCCCGAUUCCGCUCUACCCAACUUUCGACAAUUAGAAUGUGAAAAACCACCCAGUCCACUUACUUGUCAACAAGAUUCAACCUCUACUUCUCACAAAGGUUUAAUCACAUAUGAUGAUCUUCCACCAUGGCAUCAAGAUAAUCCUUCAAUCUUUACCUCCUAUCGACCUAUCACUCACUCUCUCCGGGAUUCUUUGAGGACAUUCUUCACACUCCAUAAUGAAACACUCAAUAUUCAUACCCAUUCUAUUCCCUUUUUGACAUGUUUCCUCCUCACCGGACUUAUCUUCUACAUCUUUUCAAUCCAUUUUCCAGAAAGUCCAUUGGUGGAUCGAUUUAUUUUUUCUAUUUUCUUUCUCACGACAAUGAUUUGUAUGGGGUUUAGUAUGGGAUAUCAUACGUUGCUGAAUCAUUCGAAAGGGGUGGCGGAGAUUUGGUUGAAGUUGGAUUUUUUGGGGAUUGUGGUUGCGAUUUUGGGGGAUUUUGUGACGGGCAUUUAUGUGGCGUUUUAUUGUGAGUGGAGGUUUCAAGUGGGAUAUUGGGUUAUGGUGGGGACUGGAUGUUCGGCUUUUGCACCUAUUAUCCAUGCCAUUGUUUAUUUUGGUUGGGAUCAAGUUGUUGAUGGAACCGGUAUGCCUUGGUAUCUUGGGGAAGGAGGAUUUCUUGUUCUUGGGGCGGUGGUUUACAGUGUGAGUUUUUUAUCUUUCUUUUAUUUUCUUGCCCGGAUGCUUCUAUACUUUGGAUCCGAGAUGGAGAUUCUAGAUAGAUCUGAGAACAGUCUGAAUUUGUCGAGUAAAUACAUUAACGGACGAAUGAAAAAAACUAACAUCAAAAAGUUACGUAUACCAGAAUGUUAUUUCCCCGGUAAAUUCGAUAUCAUAGGUCAUUCACAUCAAAUCUUUCAUAUUCUAGUGGUGGCAGCAUCGGGAAUGCAUUUGGUGGGGUUGUUAAAAGCAUAUGAACAUCAGUAUUAUUAUCCGAGAUGUGCGAUGAGGUAA